CCUAAGAUUUCUUCGCACCUCUCGCAGAAGUUAACCUGGAACUGACGCUCCUGCACAAGUCACCGGAUCGCCACAGUUUUUAUCUGGCGUUAGAUUAGCUUUCUGUCGGCUACCAGCCUCCCGAGUCACCGCCGAAAUGUCUAAAAUCGAGAUGUUGCGGCUCCUGAUCAACCAGCGGCUCACCGCGGCAGCAGAAGAGAUUUUCGGUGUAUUUGGGAGAGCCAUAGCGGAAUACGAGGAGGAGAUCUCCCGCUCCAAGCUGGAGAUUGACCGUCAGCGCCGGCUGCUGGAGCUCUCCAGGAAGCCGCAGGUCUCCCUGCAGGCCGACAGCUCAGCCAUCUCUGAGCAUCGGGACUGGAGCCCCAGUCCAGAUCUCAACGAAGAGGAGUCUCCUGCACACAUCAAGGAGGAGGAUCAGGAGCAAGACAUGUGGAGCGACCAGCCAGGCGGGAUGCCAGAGAGGCCGGAGCAGAGCCGCGUCGCUUUUGUGUCGUUCCAGAGCAGGAGCGCAGGAACGCAGCACGACAACGAUUCCACCGGGUCCCCGGCCCCAAAUCUCCAGAGCCAGGACCCGGAGGACUCGCAGCCGGGCACCUCCCUGCGACGGACCGGCUCCGAGCUCGGCGAGGAUGCGCCUGGAGAUGGCGAGGCGGCUUCGGGAAACAGCAGGGACGAGUGCGGGGGACUUCCUGCUGCAUUGGACUCUUACGUCUGCGCCAUCUGCGGCCAGGCGUUCUACGAGCGUGGCCAGUGGGCCAAACACAUGCGCGUCCACCGAAAGGUCGACGGCAAGGCGGACAAGUCGUUCACGUGCGACAUUUGCGGGAAGAGACUGACGCGGUCCGAUGGCUACCAGAAGCACCUGCGGGUCCACACGGGCGAGAAGCCGUACAGCUGCCACGUGUGCGGCCGCAGCUUCAGCGACAACUCCAACUACAAGCGGCACAUACGGCGACACACCAGAGAGCGGUCCCUGCAGAGCUCCGGCUUAUGAUCCAACGCCAGGAUGAGCCGUUUAGGUGCCGUUGUUUUUGCUUUUUUUAGGGGCUUUACAGAUACACCAAUCAUGGUUUUGUAAACCAAGUGCAGUUUCUGUAAAGUUCUGACCUGCUGACUGCCCUCCAACAAUUUUAUCUGAUUGUUUUUUUUUAAAAUGUGUUUCUUUUAAUUUAAAGUUAAUCUAAAAUUUGCCUGUUUUUAAUUACAUUUCUGCCUUAAAUCUUCUCAGCAGCCCCCAAUUAAGGAGAUUUCACUCUUUGUCGUCGGGAAUCUGCAAAAAAAUCAAUACAUUUUAGACGUAUGAGUUUAUUUAUCUUUUAGCAUAAAUAAAACAAUUGAAAAUGAAUCAUAUCGCCUUUAGCAGACAGAUUUUAGUGUUUGUGCAAAACGCUGCGCAAUUACAUGGAUUAUCCUUAAUUUUUUU